UUAUAUAUGUAAUACUCUUUGACAUUUCUAAUUUACUUAAUUAGAAGAAUUUGUCAACAUUUUUUGUAAAAAAAUAUUAAUAUUUUGGUUUUGCCGCCUAUGCAAAUUACAACGUGCAUUCCACAUCUCUUGGUGUAUCUCCCCUUCUUCAUACAUCGAUCUUCUUGUUAUUCUUUCACAUAUUUCCUCCUCUCCAACUCUAAAUAUAACUUCUUUCUUUGAUUUGUUUUCUAUAAUUUUGAGAGCUUCUACGAUCAUCCCAAAAUUCGAUCAUGCCGCCGAAAGCAAGCAAUAAUGCAGGUAAUCGAUCCUUGCCAAAAUUUGGAGAAUGGGAUGUGAAUAACCCCCAAUCAGCUGAAGGUUUCACAGUAAUCUUCAACACAGCCAGAGAUCAAAAGAAAAAUGAUAGGUCUAACAGUGGCAACUCGGCCGGCGGUAACCAGAGACCUAAUCAGAACAACCAAGGCAACCAACGGCAACACCAUAAACAGAAUGAUCAACAACAUAAUUCGACGAAGAAGAAAUGGUUAAGUUGUUUAUUUGGUAAAUAGACGUUGGAGUAUUGUUUUUGCUUCCACAUUGUUUUGUAACAAAAGUUGGAUGUUAAUGUGAGAUUUUUACUUGUUAUUCUAAGAUUGAAGAAGUUAUACAACCACAAAUGUUAUCAAGUAAUGAAGCUUUUGCUAUCAAGGAUAAGCCAUUUUGCGUGUUUUUUACGCAUAUUUUAUCUCUGAUAUAUGGGCAUAACAAUUAA